CCAUCUUCCUUUUUCAGACCUGUCAUCAUGGUGAAGAGUAGCUGCUGGUUGCUGGUCCUCUUUGUGGCCACGUGGAGUGACAUGGGCCUCUGCAAGAAGCGGCCAAAGCCCGGAGGAGGAGGAUGGAACAGUGGGGGAAGCCGAUACCCAGGGAGUCCUGGAGGCAACCGUUACCCACCGCAGGGAGGCGGGGGCUGGGGGCAGCCCCACGGUGGCGGAGGCUGGGGGCAGCCCCACGGUGGCGGGGGCUGGGGGCAGCCCCACGGUGGUGGGGGCUGGGGGCAGCCCCACGGUGGCGGAGGCUGGGGUCAAGGUGGCAGCCACGGUCAAUGGGGCAAGCCCAACAAGCCCAAAACCAACAUGAAGAAUAUGGCAGGGGCCGCGGCGGCUGGGGCGGUCGUGGGGGGACUCGGCGGCUACAUGCUGGGGAGCGCCAUGAGCCGGCCCCCCAUGCAUUUUGGUAAUGACUACGAGGACCGUUACUAUCGGGAGAACAUGAACCGUUACCCCAACCAAGUGUACUACAAGCCCGUGAACCAGUACAACAAUGAGAACAACUUCGUGCACGACUGUGUCAACAUCACGGUCAAGCAGCACACCACCACCACCACCACCAAAGGGGAGAACUUCACCGAGACCGACAUCAAGAUCAUGGAGCGCGUGGUGGAGCAGAUGUGCAUAACGCAGUACCAGAAGGAGUCCAUGGCGUACCAGCGGGGCUCCAGCGUGGUGCUCUUCUCCUCCCCACCCGUGAUCCUCCUCAUCUCCUUCCUCAUUUUCCUCAUAGUGGGCUGA